GCAUGUUUGCUGCCCCGCGCAUGCCGUUCUCUCAGACGCGGCAGUGGCGGCACGGUCACCGCGCGCUGCAGCCUGUCGAAUAUACUCUGCUCCUCUCUGGAAGUUGGUAUUCUGAUAGCAACCCACCAUCGGACAGCGGUCCUUGGCAGCACCCGCUAAAGUCAUGGCGAAGAAGAAGAAAGUCGCGCAGGAGUCGUCCUCCGAAGAGGAGCAGCAAUAUAUCGUCGAGGUCAUUACCAAGGCGAAAGUCGCUAAGAAUGGCAAAUGGAAAUACUAUGUCAAGUGGGCCAACUAUGAUUCGGACAACAACACUUGGGAGCCAGAAAAGAACGUUGAGGAAUGCGAUCGCCUCUUGAAAGCUUUCUGGGCCGAUGUUGGUUACGACACUGAAGACUAUCCACGGGGUCACACCGUGUAUGCGACACCGACGUUCAUCGCAAGGGAGAAGGCGUUCUUCGCUAAGCAUUUCGAUGCGUCGAACCAGCCACAGUCGGAUGCUAAUGAGUCUUCCGAGUCGUCGGGAGGCGAAAUUCCGAAACCUCUACCCCCGUUGAAACGGAAGAAGUCAGGAACAGGAACCAAGGGAGCGAAGAAGAAGGAAGUAGGGAAGAUCAGGCAUCCACGAUCUGAAACGCCUUCCUCCUCUGCUCUGGCCAAGAAGGCGAAGACAACAAAGUCUACGAAGCCGACAGCGCCCACGCGGCGGACGCAAGAUUCGGACGAUGGUACAUAUGAAUCAGAUAGUUCCGCUUCGAGCGGUGUCCCAUUGACCAGAAUCAAGUUGAAACCUCCGAAGCGCCCCGUCACUGAAGCUGAAUCUUCUGAUGGCUCGACAAGUAAACCUCUGCGGAAGAAAGCUCGAAAGGUGGAGAGCACACAGGUGGCUGCGAAUCAGGAUAAGGGCAAAGGCAAAGCAGGACCGUCAGCCGAUGCCGAAGAGAACGAUCGCGCGGGAUCCCUCUUCUCAGGCUCAGAGGGACAUUCAUCGCCGGAUGUGUCGCUGGCCUUGAAAGAUCGCCCGCAAGCUGAGCAGAAUGCCGCGAAAGCUGCUUCUGCAAAGGCCGCUUCAACGAAAUCGAACACACCGCAGACAGCUCCUGGAAAGCCAGCUCCGAAAGAGCCUGUCAGACAAGAAGCUUCAGCAGGGAGCAAAGGCAAAUCGGUCGCAACCGGGAUACCUACCAAGAUGCGUCUGGCAGAGACUGUUCACAGUCUGGUGCCAGCCAGACCUCCCAUACAGCGAGGUCAACUAUCCAAGCUUUCCUUCAAGAAGAACGUGGCAGCCACAGGUAGUGCGUCGAAUACGCCCGUACAGGAGAAGCACCCAUCUCCUGUCGCCCUGUUGGCGCCGUCUCCUGCAUCGUCAGCUGCUCCGGAAGGCAUUCCCUCUCCGCAACAGUCUGCCCCUCAGUACUCUCCAGCACCAGAACAGCGACCACCGGUUCCAUUACCGAGGCGGACUAUGCAGCCGCCAGCUGCAAUGAACGCAAUGUCUGAUGUCGAUCAAUUCCUCUCAACGAUGAUGCCUGCUGACAUGGCAGCACCGAUGGACGAAACGGCGAUGGAGCCCCCGAUACGGAAGCCCGCGCCCAUUGCAAGUAGUUCCGCAAAGCCCACAGCUCUUGGCAGGAUCCCAAAGAAGUGGAAGUGGACGGGCGAAGCCUUCAUCGAGGUCGAAGAGGGUAGAGCACAACGCCUCUGCAAUUUGUCGCUGUGGGAUGCAUCAGACCCCCGUCCGAAUGGUCUACGCUUCAGUAUCUGCCUCAACGCAGUGGACUCGAUCCGGUUAGGCAAGCUACACGAAGCGGCCGACAUCUACAUGAUCCUGCGUAGUUGUAUCCAAGUUCAGCAGUUUGCCAAACUCGGGCCCGGCGAAGACUCGGAUGAUGAUGCUGUGGUCGCUCUAGCGGCUCACCUGAGGGCAAGACGCGCGUUUACAUACGCACGCCUGAGUUUGGAUGGCGUAGAGGUCGCACUCAUGCUUGUCUUCCCACCGUCCAUCAACGAGCUGUGUCGACUCCUCAAGGUGCCCCCCCAGGCAACGAUAGAUGCCCCCAUGGUGGCCGCUCUAUUGCCAUGGGAGCUGAGUCGACAAGAGUUUGACGAUGCGAAGUGGUUCAAGCCGAGGGCCGAUGUGGAGUCGAGCGUAUACUUGGAUCCUGCAGUGGAGACCGCAACGCGCGAGACGAUCGCGAGAGAUCCUGCGGUUCAUCGAGCACUGCGGAUCCUGAAUGUCCCCCACUCUUUGUACAAAUUCUUAUCCUCGUACUCACGCAAAUACUGCAUCUGGUACUCGCCCGCAGAUGGCACUGUGGGGGAGCCGCCCGGUAUGGAGACCGCUGCUCUGCGGGCCGUAUUGACGGCCUUGAAGGCCAUGGAUAUGGGGUACAAGAGCGAUGUGCGCAUCAUAUUCGUGCAUGUUGGCGCGUUGAAGACUUUCCACAAACUUCCGGCGCUGGCGGAGAGGCGUAGCAAACGGUCCGAAAUCAGGUUCUACACAUAUGGAACGCAUGAGAGCGUCCCGCCUGACCGCUGGGGGAUACGUGAGAUCUAUCCUCUAGGUGGUAUAGUGACCUUCACGCCGUCGGCGGUCCUCAACAACAUCGUCGGAGUAUACGAGCUCAUCAAGAAGAUAGACGAGCAUCCUAUGUGGGAGUGUUACAUCCUACCGUCGGUAAUAGCAAUGCUCGCCAAAUUGACAUGCCAAGGCGACACCCCGGUGGCGCUGUUCGACAAAGGCGAAUUCCUCUUCAGUGACCUGCUCGAGAUGAUUGAAGAGGGGAAGAUAUCGCUCCUCCGCUCACCACCAUUGACGCGCUGCGCGAAAGGCGGUAUUGACCCAGCCGCGAAGUGGAUCUCCUGGCAGACCGAAGUGCUCGGAAUGGACGCCCGGAAUCUGCUCGAGUCGUCCAUCGCCCUGGCGAUGGAGCAGUACAGCGGAGUGCAGGAGAAUGACUUACCUGACGCCAUUCAGAAGGAGAUCGUGCGCGACUUGAUGGGCAUGCAGGUGCAGCCUGCACUCAUGGACGCACGCCGGCGGUUCGUGGUCAUCAGAAGCAAGAGCGAUAAGUUUUUGAGCGAGGACAAGGAUGGGGUUGAAUGCAAGACUGUCGGGGCGUUUGACUUCAGGGAUGAUUUCUUCACACCUUGAUGGCUAUCAUCGAGAACAUAACUUCAAUACCCACUGUUGUAUCAUUAUACUCUUGUCUUGUUAUGACUUGGUGCACGAUGAGUCCGA